CUUUCGUUUCUUUUUGCUGUCAGCAACGAAUUCGCCCGGGUGGUAGCCGAGGAGUACCUCAAAUUCUUCGACUUCAAUCAGCGGCCACUGGAUGCCGCCCUGCGCAUGUUCCUGCACCGGUUCUGCCUGAUCGGCGAGACGCAGGAGCGGGAGCGCGUGCACGUGCACUUCUCCAAGCGCUACCUCGACGCCAACCCGGGAGCCUUCAAGUCGCAGGAUGCGGUGCACACGCUGACUUGCGCGCUGAGGCUCCUCAACACGGACCUGCACGGAGAGAAUAUUGGCCACAAGAUGACCUGCCUGGAGUUUGUAGAGAACUUGGCGGAGCUCAACGAAGGCGAGAACUUCCCCAAAGACGUGCUCAAGGCCUUGUACAUGUCCAUCAAGACGGCACCUCUUGAGUGGGCUGUGGACGACUCUGAACAAGACGGUACUUCCUCUCAAGAUAAUCAGUCCAAUGCGUCUGAAGCCAGGCCUGCGGGAUUCAUUGGCCACAACCCAUUCUUGGAGGUCCCCAACCCGAACUGUGCUACGGAGUACAAGAAAGGUUACGUGAUGCGCAAGUGCUGCUUGGAUCCGGGAGGCAAAAGAACUCCCCUGGGAAAGCGUGGCUGGAAGAUGUUCUGUGCAACGCUACGGGAUCUUGUACUCUAUCUGCACAAGGAUGAACAAGGAUUUCGCAAGAAUCAGCUGUAUGAAAGCCUGCAUAACUCUAUUCGAAUCCAUCAUUCAUUGGCCACCAAGGCAACAGACUACACCAAGAAGCAGCAUGUGUUCCGACUACAGACAGCAGACCAGGCAGAAUACCUCUUUCAAACAGGCGAUGCCAAGGAACUGCAGAGCUGGGUAGACACACUCAACUUUGUGACUGCCAGCCUGUCAGCGCCACCCCUUGCCGGUGCAGUAGGCAGCCAGAAAAGGUUCCAGCGGCCCUUGCUUCCUGUCAGCCACACCAAGCUAAACCUGAGGGAACAGCUGACAGAUCACGAGAAUCGUAUUGUGUGGCUGGAGAAGGAACUGGAGGAGCAUGUGGCAAACGCUCCCGAGAAAGGAGCCAAGUCUCGUGCAGUGGCGGAGUUCGUCGAAAAAGAAAAUUUCCUCCAGUGUGAGUUGAGGAGAUACCGCACUUACGCCUACCUGCUACGCUCCAAGAUGGCCCAGUACCCCGAGCUGGUACCAGCCCUCGUCGAAAUGAGCAUCGGCGAGGUGGACGAACCCGACCAGAACCACAGCAGCGGUAACGGCGGCGGUGCUUGCGUUCUGGGCCCACCCUCCUCCCUCUCCUCCUCUCCCCCACGGACUAAGCACCAUGCGGGUGUCCAGAAGGGCACGCUGCUAACGGGGAUGCCGGGACCCACUUCGAGCUCCCCUCGCAGUUCCCCCACCCGAACCAAGAGGCCCACACAAGACCGCCUCAGCUACCGAACGGCGGUCCAGAAAGGAAACGACUUUAUCGCAUAGCUCGUCGUCGUCGUCGUCAUCGUCGUUUCCCCACUGCGACAGAGCUAGAAGCCCCUUCUCGUGGCAUUACCUAACGUCGUCCUUCGAGGCCGGCAACCCCUAGCGGAGGUUUGUAUUGAAAGAGAGCUUCGAGGCGUUCCUUCAAUCUGGAGCCGAGGCCGGGAAAUCAGAAUCUGACUUGCGAAGCUCGUUGUGCACGACGCGUCUGUCAAGCGCAGUUCUUGAAAUGUUGAGACUUGCAACUGCGGAAGCUAGACCACGGGAAAGCGCUGAAAUUCCCGCAAUAUUUAUCUUUCUAGGUUGAGAUUUAAUCGAGAGUGUGAACGGACGACGGAGACGGUAAUUUUCUAGGUUUCCGAGUCAGCUCGUGGCGAUGCCUCGAG